CGGUAAUGGUAAACUACUGAAACGUGUCUCUGUGGAGACAGAUAGCUUCUCCCAAGCAGGACCGAAGCUGAUCGCAGAUCGGAGCGAUCAGGGUGGGUUUGAGCCCGCUGUCACACACACGGGCUACACUCCGCUCACCGCGUUUGCCGUAAACGCAGAUCGCCCGGCCAUCAAUGGGAUUACUAUUAAACAUUUCACAUUGUGUUUUUAAGAUAGAAUACGUAGUCGCCUAGGCUGUCUGAAGGUCAUAAAGUGUUGCACCGAGACAGGAGCACUAUAUUUGCGAAUUGCCCUUCUUCGUUAGAUCUGCAAACGCCGGACGACCACAAGCCAUACAGAGAGCCUGAAGUAUAGCCAUGGAGAGAGAGUAGAAGACGUUUUGGUGGCUGGAAGCGGUUGAGGAGAAGAGAAGCAAAAUCGAGGACCCCCGCGGCGACAGGAGGGGCCGGGUUGGGACGACCUCGCAUCGGACAGAGGGACUGGAUGACCUCCCUGCCGGCCGGCCCCACCGGCUCUCGCAGAGAUGGCCUCCAACUUCAACGACAUCGUCAAGCAGGGCUAUGUACGCAUGCGCAGCAGGAAAUUAGGGAUCUAUCGCCGCUGCUGGCUGGUGUUUAAGAAGUCGUCAAGUAAAGGUCCCCGGCGUCUGGAGAAGUAUCCUGAUGAGAAGUCGGCCUACAUCCGGGCCUGCCCUAAGGUGACGGAGAUCAGCAACGUGAAGAACGUGACACGGCUUCCACGGGAAACAAAGCGCCAGGCCGUGGCCAUCGUCUUCCCAGAUGACACCUCACGCACGUUCACCUGCGACUCAGAGUUGGAAGCUGAGGAGUGGUUCAAGACCCUGUCCAUUGAGUGCCUUGGGACCCGCCUCAAUGACAUCAGCCUUGGCGAGCCAGACCUCCUGGCAGCAGGAGUUCAGUGUGAGCACACCGAGCGCUUCAAUGUGUUCCUGUUACCCUGUCCCAAUCUGGACAUCUACGGGGAGUGCAUGAUGCAGAUCACCCACGAGAACAUCUACCUGUGGGACAUCCACAAUCCUCGCACAAAGCUGGUCACCUGGCCCCUCUGCUCCUUGCGGCGUUACGGCCGCGACGCCACCCGCUUCACCUUCGAAGCUGGAAGGAUGUGCGACAGUGGUGAGGGCCUCUACACCUUCCAGACACGAGAAGGAGAGCAGAUCUACCAGAGGGUCCACUCUGCCACGUUGGCCAUCGCCGAGCAGCACAAGAGGGUCCUGAUGGAGAUGGAGAAGAACAGCCGGCUGCUGUCGAAGAGUUCAGAGGCGGGGUCCUACCCAUGCACGCCCACCGCCAUCCUGCCUCGCAGCGCCUUCUGGCACCACAUAACUGGCAGCUCCACCAACGGUGAUGUGUUCAGUAGCUCACAGACGGAGCCAGAAACAGACCAGCUUCCCGGGCGUCUGCCCCCUGAACGCCAAAACGCAGUCCCCAUCAGCCACAGCCGGCAUGGUCCCGACCAGUACCGCUCCUACCCUGGCCAGUGAGGGGUGCUGCACAUUCCUCCCUCCUGAUGUUUAAUCUCCCUUAUGUCUGUUGGGCUGGGACCUCAUUUUCAUCUCUUCAGGCCCCCCACUGAUCCAGGGAGGCAAUGGUGGAGGUGGGUGAGAACCCGACACACACACAGGAAGAAUUUCUUUUUGGCCACGGAGGAUCGACGAGACUUGCACACUCCUUCCGUGAGGAACUCCAUCUCCCAGCAGCCCUCAGAAAGAAGGAAGAAAAAGGGGGGUGGUUUUGAGACUCGUGGACCUUUGUGUUUCUGUUGUUUUGGACACAUUUUCGUGAGCUGCUCUAUGCAUGGCCCCCUUGGCAAGAAACAAAAUGACCGUGUGGCAUAUGUGAGUGUGUAGGGGUCCCUCAACUAGACAAGCCCAAUGACAUCAUAUUGUUGGCGAAAUCUGCCUUUAGAGAGAGAUCACCCAUACCCACCCAUCUUUAUGGGCAAGAAAAUUAAACAGUCUAGAAAUUUUUAUGGCGAGUGCAGCUGUGAAGCAUGAAACCAAGUCUGCACUCCCUGUGCUUGAACCCAUAACCUUAAUCUAGCGCACAAAUGAUGGGCCUUAUAGCAGCGUUUCUGCUCCUGGAAAUACACGACGAUAUAAGUGCCGGUGAAGACGGCGCGAGCGUGCGCGUGACGGCCAGCCUUGUACAACGAGAGAGAGAGAGAGAGAAGAACGUCUUCCUCAGACAAGGAAGAGGGGGAUCGAGCAAACAGCAUCUUUCUUUUGUAGGCAACAAAGCAACCAGACAGCUAGAUGUUUCCUUGAGUUGAGUCCGUUUCGGACGGAUGAGAAAACAAGAUAUUGCAUUCACUGAGACAAACGCCUUUGGCUGUGUUCCUUCUUGCUUUAUCAUGCUGCUCUUCGGUGAACCACAGACAGACCUCUCCUGGGAACUGCAACUGAGAAUGCUUCCUCCAUCCCUUCAUCUCUUCCUCUGAUCGGGGUGCCUCUGUGUUCAUGGACAAAGGCUUUUCUGUCAGCUGGUGAAACAAACCAUGAAAAAGCUUCUCUGGACCAGUGGUUGCAUUACUGUCUAGCAUCAUUUAAAAAAACAAACUAACAGAGAGGAACUGAAAGACUGAAAAAGUCGGAUUACAGCAGCGUGCAACUUAAAUUAUUUUUUUACUCAUCCCCAUUUUUAAAAAAAUCUUUUCCAUUUCUGAAUGAAAAAACAACACAGUUUUGAAGUUUGUUUUUCUAAGCAGUUUUUUUCUUCACAAAAGGGUAAUGCUGACUACAAAUGUCUGUGGGUAUUGGUUUAUCGUUACCUGUGCUUUGAAUUUUAAUGGUAGGUCCGGUUAUGCACUUGCGUGUUCUUAACUGAAAGUUUGCACUUGGGGAUGAUUUUAAACAUUACUUUUUUAGAUAACUCAGGAGAAAAUAGGUCUUCUAUUUGAGACAUUGUGUUUUUUUUACUUACUUUGGGGGAUGCAGCAUUGUUGGAAUAACUUUUCUGGGUCUGGAUAAGAGGGGUACCUCCCACGUUUCAUCUACCUGUCUAUCUGUCUAAGAGGAUUUUAACAUCAACUGAAUUGCUAGGGUUGGCAAAGUCAUCCCACGUCAGGUGGGCCCACAGUCAGGGGUCUGUUCGGGGUCCACUGCAUGUAGCACACAUCCCUUACAGAAGUCUACGUCUCAAUAUGAAACUGAUACAACGUCUGCGGUACAGGGUCUGAGUCUCUACCCAGUGCUACACUCACACUCCGUGACCGUCUUGAGUCUGCUAUGUUCAGAGGCUUGAUGUCGAGCAUUCUGUAGUCAGAUUUCUAACUGCUCUGUAACACAUGGUAUGUCUGUCAUAUUCAAGUGGGUGGCUUGCUGCAAAGUGAUCUAUUUUUUGUACUAUGAGCUGAGAUGGGGAAGAGACUCUUCACUCUUAAUGAAUCUGUGUGAAGUCUUAAAUCUCGUUGAUAUUCCUGUUCAUCCCUCUUGGCGCCCAGUUUAAAGCUUGCAUUUUAUUAACAGUUAUUUAUUGUCAUAAUUAAUGGAAAAACAGUUUUUUCUGCAGAAAAAAAUAUAUUUACACGUGUUGGGUGAGCAUGUUGCUCGUGCAGAGCUGGGUUCAAGGGCAUAAAUUUGGAUAUGGAUGGUAGGGACAUGUCCUACCAAUGUGGGAGUACUGUUUGUAUUUGGGGGGGGGGGGGUUCGGGGCUGUUUUGGUCCCAACCGUUGUUGAAACCAAACGUAGACACUUGGCUGGAUUGGUUUUCAGCUCUAAUGGGGAUGGCUUGGCGUCCUUAAGGAACGUUCCUGUACUGGUUCCUGUACUGGUUGCCCCCAGGGAUCCGUUGUUCUGUUGGUCUGCAGCGUGGAAGACAUUUAUGUGUGAGACCUGUUAUACGAUUCAAUACAUACGAGUAUGUGUAAUUUAAUGUUAUCUAUAAGAAGGGCUAAGCUUUUGUUGAACACAUCCCUAACAUAUCUAAGCUUAUGUUGAACAUGUUUUUCCUCUGUGUUGUGUAUUUAUAACCUGGGUUGACCAUUGUACAUAUAGCUAUUUAUUUCUUUGUUUUGUGCAGGUGUUACAUAGAGAACCCUAACCCUCCAAAUCUGUGCGUGUGAGUGCGUCUGUCUGUCUUUGGGUAACAAUAGGGAAUGUUAGGAGAAAAGCCAAGGUACCUCCUCUUGUUUUAUAAAACAUGCUUCAGGCAUGCUGGGAAACACUGUUAACAGAUUGUUCUGGAUUCACCUUUGUGUAUCUGGGGUGUCAAGACCUGUGAGAGGUGAGAAGACUGUGCCCAUCCCCCCUUUCAGGGGACAAUGGCCUCGGCCAUCUUUGGGCGGGAUUCACAAACUGAGAGAAACAACGAAUAUUAAACAAAGAUGGGCAAUGCUAGAGUAGCUUCUACAGCAGAGCACAAGUAGCUAAAGACCCUGGGGGGGUGAGAAUUUCUCAUUUUAAUUUCUCAGCCGUCUGACUGCAGCCCAUUGGUCAUUGCAAGGUGUGUGAAUUAACUAGCAGGUAACAAAUGGGGCUUUUCUGUCAAGGUUUUAUUUUCUGCCUUAAAGCUGCUGUUUGCUUUUUUGGGGCAUCGGUACACAGAUAAGAUUAAGUUGUGAUGUAUGUUUAAGGUCUAAAGACUUAUACUCUAUGACAGAUAGCAUUUAUAUAGACAUAUUGGACCCUGGUGGGUAUAUUUGAAUGGGAUAAAUUGAACUGGAAGCCACAUUUGCCCCUGGUUGGAAAACAGCUAUAGCUAUCGGAACACAGCAUAUCUGUUUUAUGACUUUUUACCUAUGCUGAGUUGCAUAAAUCUCUUUUUUUCCCCCUGUCCUUUCUACGCACAGUCGUCUUUCAUGUGGUUUACUGUGCAGCUCAAAGAUGGGAAUAGCAUGGGGUAUACAAAAAAACACCAUUUUUAUAGCUGUACUGGCCAAUGUUGCUUUGCGGUGUUUAUGUCUUCGUAGGGCGACAAAAGAUCUUUAAAAAAAUAUAUAAUACAUUUUUCUAACAUGCAGGCUGAGUAGUUCUGCGCUCUGGUAAAGUGGCUCAGUACAUUUGGAACACCCCAGACCUUUACGGCCAUAGAUACCACCCGCUUCUUUCAUUCCCAACUAAAACAUGAUGCUACCUUCUCAAAUCACAUUGUUGUUAUAACAGUCUCGAUGCAGUGAUGUUUGUUGUUUGGCUGUUUAAAUCAGUACGCCAGUGUCCAGCUGAUGUGUCAUCUAUUCCCGUGGAGACCAAUAGAGUACAUAGACGCCACGUUUCACUCCUCUAGGUCCUAAGCAACAACAGUCUAUGUGGAUCGGAGCAAUUCAUGAAAUUGAAUUAUUCUGUAAAGUUAAAAAAAAUACUUUGAAAAAUACAGCCAGAAAAAUAUGUUGCUUACUGCAGCUAAAAUUUCUUUUUGCAGUUAUGUGUACGGUCCUGUAGUUUCUGGAGUUCAGAAACAUCACUUUCACUAUAUAUGAUGUUAUCCUUUAUUACAUCAUUUUUCAACGUGUCCUAUGACUCAUGUCCAUAUUAUUACACUUUGAUAAUGCAAAAUAAGACAGUCGUACUAGCUGAAUUUUUCAAGUAGAUUAUAAUACUUACUUAAAAAAAAGUAAAAUAAACGCAAAAGCCAUCAAUGGAUGUUUAUCUUCUGCUCAUUCAAGCUUUUGCUGUUUUUCUUUCUGUCUGGGUCCCUUCCAGUUUAGAAUUGAAAUUCACACACUGACCACAUCAUUCACAGUGGUGGCUGUUUACAUCAGAUAACUUGUCUCACGUAAGCAUGAAAAUGCAGAAUAACAGGGGAAAUAAAACCUAAUAGUCUGAAAAGCAGAAAGCGAAAACUCUCAGACUGUCUGUAUCGCGUUCUUAUAGAAUUCCUUUAAAACAAUAUUUAAAAUGUCAAGAUCAUUGACUAAAUAUUUAUUUUACAGCUUAUGUUGCACAAGGCAUAAUGGGACUUUGGAAUAAAAGGGACACUCUGCUAGUCGCGGUCUGCUUGGUUAGCUCACCAGUGUGAGAGAAAGCUAAAGAGCAUGUUGGCAUAGAGAUCACCUUGCAUGCAUUGAGUUAUAAAACGCUGUGUGUGUCAUGUAAUGUUUGUGGUACAACAUUUUGCAGUUUUACAAUAAAAAAGAUGUUUUUUUUUACAGUAAAA